CUGGGCUUUGCUCACCAACCUGUCUCCUUCAAAGAGAGGGAGGCACCUUACGAGGUCACAGACGUGUGCCUAACACAGGAGCCUGAGCAGAAGAGGCCACGUGAGAGGGUCUCCCCCUGCGGUGUGGUCACCGACACUCCGUGAUGGGGGCCAGCGUGUGGGCAGCCCUGGAACUCUCCCUGACCUGCAUCUCGGCCCUUAGCCUCAUCUCCCCUGCCUGGUUCCAGAGCCCCACCUUCUCCUUUGGGGUCCUCACCUACUGCUCCUGGCCUCAGGGUGACAGCUGGAACCAGAGCUGCGGGACCUUCGGGUCCCUGGAUGAUAUUCCCGACUUCGCCUGGAAGACCGCAGCUGCGCUUCUCCUUGGAGGCUGGCUCCUGUUGGCCUUCAAUGCAAUCCUCCUCCUGUCCUGGGCGCUGGCCCCCAAGGAGCUGUGCCUGAGGAUGGGCAGCGGCAGAACGCUGGGCAUGCAGGCCGCUGCGGUGACCACCACCGUUGUGGGCCUGCUGGUUUUCCCCAUCAGCCUGGCCUCCCCAUUCGCCAAGGAGGCCUGCGGGACCUCCUCUGUGUACCGCAGUGGACAGUGCCAGCUGGGCUGGGGCUAUGUGACUGCCAUCCUCAACGCCGUCCUGGCCAGCCUGCUGCCCGUGAUCAGGUGGCCAAGCGUGAUCCAGGUGCGGGGCAGGCCCAUCCACUUCGCCAGCGACAUGGAGAAAAUCACGGUCAUGCCCGAAGGGAGCAAAUAAAAUUUU